AAGAAUUUUGUAACCGGGCAGCUUGAUUUUCAAUUAAAUUAACGAAUACCUAUAAUGUAUCUUUAUUCUUUAUUAAUUAAAUAACAUCAUUAAUUUACUAUACGGUAGUUGGUAGGGAAGAAAACGGAUUUGAUAAUGUAUUAAUAAAUUUAAUUGUUUGAGUUUUAUUCCGUUAUUCCGUUACAUCUCAGUGAGUAACCUCUAUUUAACAAUUGUUGAAAACCUAUUUUAAAAUGUAAGUUUUUAUAUAUUAUUAUUAUUUAAUGAUAGUUAAAUUAUCGUAUAUUCAUAAUUAUUAUGUACCAUAACUUAAAACUUAUUUAUAUAUUCUGUGAUGACCUCUGAAAAAUGUAACAUUGUUAUUGAAAUAGAUACUUAUUACCAAAAGUGGAUAGUUUAAUAUAUAUGAUUAACUCAAUUUUUUUGUCUAAAAUAUACAUAAAAGCAUUUUAAAUUUAAAAGUUAAAGUGUUAAAAGAUGUAUAUGCAAAAAAUCAAUAUUAAAAUUAGUUUAUAUAAAAAUAAACUAAAUAAAAUGAUCACAGUAAAUUGUAAACAUAAAUUGUAAUACUAAGAACAGCAAAUCCAAUUUAAAAUGAUUGAAUGAAUCUUAAAUUUCAAAAAAAAAUCAUUAGUCUCCAAUUAGUUAACAAGAUGUUUAUGAAAAUUAAUUGUAAAAAGUUAAGUUUAUACAAUAGAAUUAAUUUAUGAUUAAAAAAUUAACUUUUCAACUAGUUAAUGGAAACCAAGUGCGCUCAUUAACUAAUAAAAUAUACAUUUUCUAUUGUGUAAUAGAUGUUUAAAAUUAUAUUUUAUAUUUGUAUUUUUUCAGCUUUGUUAAAAAUAUUCAAGAUGUUAAGACUUUCCAAAGCACUAAACAAACAUCGUAAAAAUUUUCGUGGUCUCAGUAUUUUGCAAACUAAAACAACAAAUACCAAUAGUUUUCAAGUUGGGCAAGAGAUAGAAGGCUUUAUUGUUCAAGAAGUUAGACCUAUAAAUGACUUUCAACUCACAGCUCUGCGUCUUCAACAUCAAAAGUCAGGAGCAGAUUAUUUGCAUAUUGAUAGGAAUGAUACAAACAAUGUUUUCAGUGUAGCGUUCCGUACCACCCCAAAACAUUCUAAUGGAUUGCCACAUAUUUUGGAACAUACUACAUUGUGCGGUAGCAAAAAAUUUCCAUGUCGUGAUCCAUUUUUUAAAAUGCUUAAUCGUUCCAUGGCAAAUUUUAUGAACGCCAUGACUGCACCUGACUAUACAUUUUAUCCAUUUUGUACAGAAAACUUAUCUGAUUAUUAUAACUUGAUGUCAGUAUAUUUAGAUGCAGUAUUUAAUCCAAUGUUACGAGAAUCUGAUUUUCGCCAAGAAGGUUGGCGUUUAGAACAUAAAGAUGUUGAUGAUAAAAAUUCUCCAAUAGAAAUCAAAGGUGUUGUUUACAAUGAAAUGAAAGGAGUAUAUUCAGAUAAUCAACAAAUUUAUAAUGAACACUUUCUUAAUAACAUUUUACCGAGUAAUACAUAUGGUGUAAAUUCGGGUGGUGACCCUAUGGUCAUACCUUCUUUAACUUAUAAUGAUCUUGUUGCUUUUCAUAACAGAUAUUAUCAUCCAAGUAACAGCCGUUUUUAUUCGUAUGGUAAUUUCAACUUAGAAAAUCACUUGAAGUUUUUGAAUAAUACAUUCUUAAAAAAUUGUACCUUAGAUUCAACUAUACAAGAUGAGACCAAGGUUCCGAAUGAAAAUCGAUGGUUAUCGUCUAAACGCACGCAUGUUACUUGUAAAGAAGAUCCAAUGAUCCCUAAAGAUAGACAAUCAUCUUUAAGUAUUGGUACCCUUUGGAGUGAUAUUACAAAUACACAAGAGACAUUUGAACUUGCUAUACUUUCAAGGCUAUUGUUAAAUGGACCUAAUGCUAAAUUUUAUAAAUCUCUUAUAGAACCAAAUAUUGGAACAGAUUUCAGUGCUGCAACUGGUUUCACAGAUCAAACAAGAGACACAUUUUUUGCAGUAGGACUUCAAGGAAUAAAUGAAUCAGAUUUUGAACGUGUGGAAUCAAUUUAUGAAGAUACAAUUAAAUCAGUCAUUAAAGAUGGUUUUGAUAGACGUGAUAUUGAUAAUAUUUUACAUUCAGUUGAACUUUCUAUGAGACAUCAAACUUCAAACUUUGGAUUGCAACUGUUGUAUGGUACUUUGCCUAUUUGGAAUCAUGGUGGUAACGUUUUAAGUUCAAUGUGUGUCGGUGAAAAAAUUGAAGAGUUCAAGAAAAAACUAACUAAUCGACCUAAUUAUUUGCAAUCGCUAGUUGAUAGGUAUUUGCUGAAUAAUAAACACAAACUUGUUAUAACUAUGUCACCAGAAAACAAUUAUGAAGAAUUAAGAAAAGAAAAUGAGGAAAAAUUAUUAAAACAAAAAUUGGAUUCUCUAUCCAGCGUGGAUAAAGAUAAUAUUUAUCUACAAGGUCUGGAGCUUCGAAAACAACAAGAUGCAAUACAAGAUGUUACGUGUUUACCAUCUUUGAGCCUCAAUGAUUUAAAAAAGACAACUGACUCAAUAACUUUUGAUAGAAAACAUGUAAAUAAUACGCCAGUGUUUAUAUUUCCACAGCCCACUAAUAGAGUGACUUAUUUUAGAAGUUUAUUGAAUACUUCACAUUUAUCUGAUAAUUUAAAGAAUCUCAUUCCAUUAUUUUGUAAUGUAGUUACCAGAAUGGGCAUUGAGUCUAUGGAUUUUCGACAGUUUGAUCAAUUAGUCAAGAAGUCUACUGGUGGUUUACAUGUAUCUCAAGCUAUUAUAGACUCGCCUAGGAAUUUAUUGAAUAUGAAAGAAAGUAUUAUUCUGAACUCUCAUUGUUUAGACAGUAAUGUCAACGAAAUGUUCGAACUAUGGAAAAAAAUAUUUACUCAAGUAACGUUCCAAAAUCAAAAUAGAUUCAAAACUCUCGUACAAGAAGAAGCGAGUAGUUUGGCCAAUAGUAUUUCAGGUAGCGGACACAUGUAUGCAAUGUUGUGUGCAACUGCUAUUAUUAAUCCUGUUGAUGCUCGACGUGAAUUAUAUGGUGGACUCCAGUAUGUUAGUUAUAUGAAAAAAAUUUCUCAGAUGGAGGAUUUAUCCCCAAUAAUGAAAAAUCUAGUAAAACUUAGUGAACAAGUAUUGAACAAAAAUACAAUGAAGUGUUCGUUGACUGUUGUAGAUGAUAAUAUCGAGGCAGCUAAAGGUUUGGAGAGUUUUCUAAAUACAAUUGCCGGCAAAUGGAAUCUAUUGAGUGAAUAUAAUAAAGUUGAAAAACAAGAUAACAAUGUUAAGUGUGUUCAUCAUGUGUUACCAUUUUCUGUUAAUUAUUGUGCAAAAGCUCUUCCAGGUGUUCAAUAUACUCAUAAGGAUUUUGCUCCACUCAAAAUUCUUUGCAAAUACAUGAGUUCCAAAUACUUAUUGCCAACAGUUAGAGAAAAGAAUGGUGCUUACGGCUCUGGUGUUGCAUUGAGUAAUUCUGGUUGUAUACAGAUGUAUUCUUAUCGGGAUCCAAAACCGGUUGAAACUUUUAAAGCUUUUGACAGCGCUCUCGAAUGGGUAAACAAAAAAAAAAUAACUCUUGAAGAGCUGAAUGAAGCAAAAUUAGCUAUAUUCCAAGGAAUAGAUCAACCAGUUGCACCAAUGGCUAAAGGUAACGCAUUAUUUUUUUAUGACAUGGAUGAACAGAUUAGACAAGAGCAUCGAAAUCAGAUUAUGAAUGUAAAAAUAGAUGAUAUUUUGAAUGUAGCAAAUUUAUAUUUUUCAAAUACCAAUACUGCUAAAGCUCUAAUUGGUCCAGCAAAUAAUGGCCUUAGUUCUGAAACUAUUUGGAAAGUGAGCAAACAUGAAGAUUUAUGAAUUUUUACCGUCUCUUAAUAUUAUUGUAAAUUCAGAACUCCUAUAUUUUUUGUGUUAUUAUUUAUAAACAUAAAUUUAAUAAAACAGCAUACAAAAUGCAAUUAUGUUUAUUAUGUGUAGGUUUCAUAUAGUAUACUUAAUAUACCCGUAUUUUAAGUUAGUGUGACAUUGAUUAUCAAAUUGAUAUUCUAAUAAUGAAUUUAGAACACAUAAUAAUUAAUUAAAAUAUAAUUUUCUUGUAGUAAUGAAAGUUUUCUUUAAUACUGAUGAUAUAAAAUAAAUAUACAGAUUUAAUGUGUAAUACACAUGUCUGUAUAAAUCUGAUCAAAUUAUUAAUUAUUAACAAGAAGAAAAUCAUUUUUAAAAAUAAGUAAAAAGGAUUAUUCUAGUAUGUUACAAUUAGAGUAAUGCUAAAUAUUAUUUAUACCUACUUUAUGUUUUAAAUUUAGAAAAUCUAAAUAUUUUUUUACAUAGAUGACCUCAGAAUCUGAAUUGACUUAGCACACAUAUCCAAAAUUUAGAGAUAUAUUAAUUAUCUUGCAUCUAAAUAUUUAAUAAAAACUAAAUUACCUUUCACAUGAAUUAAACUAUUAAACAUAAUAUUAUGUUAACAUUAUUACAUAAAGCUUUAUUAUAUACUUUAAUUUUAUGAUUUUGACAUAACAUUUUAUUGUGAAAUAGAAUACAUUUGAAUUAAUAUUUAUUAAAAAUAAAAAAGUAAAACAACAAUAAUACCAAUAAAUAUGAAUAAGCACAACUAAAAAAUAAAUAACUAUUUAUUAGAUUAUAGUAACAUAAUAGAAUACAAUUAACCAAAGAUCACAUGAGUGGAAUGAAUAAAAAAUAAUAAUUAUUUAAUAUAAAUAAUUAAGUAAAUUAUUUAAAACAGUUGUAUUUUCAUGUUUUAAAAAUAAUUUGCUUUGAUAGUUCAUGUGUAUGAUUUUAAUAAAAAAAAAUCAUAGAAACAGUCUACUUCAUUAAAUCCUUAAGCAUAUUUGUCACAAUUUGUGAAGACACAGCCUUUGUUGUUCCUAACAAUUAUUUAUUACUUUUUGCAAGAUUAAUAUUGUUUGUAUAUGGUACUAAUACAAUACAAAUUUGCAAAAAUUAUGUGGUCAGACAAAGUAUAUGUCAUGUUAUACCAACGGAUAUAAAUUAAAUACUUCUAAAAAAAAAAAAAAAAAUAAACAUCUCAGCUCCAAUAACAAACAAUGAGCAAUAAUUCAACAUUAUUAAAACUAAGUAAAUAACAAUACAUUAAAUAAUAAUAUAAUCAAAAUUCUUUAGCAUUUACAGUGGUACCCAUAAUAUUCAUAACGAAAAUAAAUAGGUUUUUAUGUAAAUAAAUAAACUGAAUAAUAUGAAACUAACUAUACAAGAUUUUAAAGUUGAUCUUUUUGGUAACAAUAUUUGGUAUUUGUAAUACACAUAUACAUAUUAUAAUAUAAUUAAGAUAUUAAACAAACAAACCCCUAAACCAACAAAGUUAAAAUAAAAAUAUAUAACUACAAUACACUGAAAUAGUAAUUAGUCUUAUACAUUUAAAAUUCUAAAUAAAUAAGUAUGUAACCGACCCAGUCUUGAUAAAAAUUAAAUGUUGAUUAAUGAUAAGUAAACAAUACACAUUUUUAUAUUUAUUAAUCUCGGUAGGAAUAAUUAAAUACAAAUUGAAAUCUAAAAAAUCAAUUAAAUGUUUUAAAAUAGGAAAGAAAACCAGGGGUUUUAAAUUAAACCAUACUAGUGUUAUGUUUUUUUUUAAAAUUUAUAACUAAUCAUAAGUGAUGGAAAUUUAAAAAAGUUCAUAAAAACUCAUUCCUAGAGAAAAUGUAAUUAAUAUAAUUACAGGAAUUAUCGUGAACUGGAUAACAGCUGACAUUAAACAUUUAUUUUGGUGCUAUGAGACCAGAAAGCAUAUCAAAUGAAUUUCCAUCUGGUCUGACAUCUAUAAUUUCUCCACUGUCUUCUGAACGAACCCUAAGAAAUCCGUGGUCGUCAAGUCCUAUUAUUGUUGCUUUGAACGAUGAUUUAUCAGGGCGAUAUACAGUGACUAAACUAUUACUAAUAAAUAUAAAAUAAAUUAAUAAAUAUUAUUAUGUAAAUUUGAAUAAAAAAUAAUUAAAUAAUUACCUGUGCAACCAAUAUUUGUAGUAAAGAUCAAAUAUAAUGUCUACGUUUCCAUUUUGAACUUGAUUCAAUAGUCUUUCAAGUUCAGUGAAAACAGCUCCAAAAUAUUGUUCUAAAGCUAAAGUCUGCAGGUUGCUUUGAUUAUUAAAAUUGUGUUCAUGGAUUAUGUCAUUUAUGCAAGUAGUUGGUAGACUAUUGUUUAAAUUUACACCACAUCCUAAAA